CUAAUUUCGGGUCUUUUUUUCUCCACUCCCAUCGAUAUCGUAGAAGGGUGCUGUUUCAAACUCCUCACAGCGGCUGGAUUGGGUACUCGGCCUGUUGGUUGAGGUUUUUUGGCACAACAGAUGCUUCUCAAUUUUUCAGUUUCGGACGGGAUUUUCUCGGGCUGUUUUUUUGUUUCUCUUCUUUCUUUCUCUUUUACUUCUUGCAUUUCCAUCCCCCCCUCCCCCCCCCCCCAAUUCUUCUUUUGCAUUUGCCGUCGUCACGCACGACAGAAAAUCCUGUGGAGGCGCAAUGGCAGAAAUGGGUUGCUCGACAGGUUGGGCAGGGAUCAUAGAGGUUGAGAUGUGUUUGUGCGGUUGGGGUGACGGCUAUGGGUAUUAGUGGGCGAUCACCCGGGAAGACCCCAACGGCCUGGAGGACCAACGGCUCUAGCCGGUGAUCCACACUCCCGAUCUCUCGACCACCUUCCUACACAGAUAAUCCCUUUCACAUUCGUCCUCAUGGCUCAGAGAUUGGAUGACUUGGCAUCCCUUGUGGUCAAUUCUCCAUCGUUGUUCUUCGCCUCAAGCUCACUGUCUCUUUUGGAGAGAGAGGGUACCGGAGCGGGUGACUUGGGCGAGGGCAGCCGGAUGGAGGAAGGAACAGGACGUGGACGAGGCACAGGCUAUCGAGUGGAGGGAGGCUUGGUGCACAGGCGGCACUUGCUCCAUCUCGUUUCCACUGAAGAAUCAAUGGUGGACAUGGGCCACGUGUUACGAUAUUUUUUAGGAGGUAGAGAAUGGCAAUUGGGUUGAUAUCUCCAUGCUUGUACAUCUCGGAAAGACUGGAAUUACUGAUCAACAUUGGCCAAGUACCUGGAGAAACGAUGUCGCUGCAUAUGGGACCAGACCCCAUAUUCAUAAUCUGGGUCAGGGAUGCAAGGGAGGCUCUAACGACUCCGAUUGCAGACUACCGGGAUAAACUCCUCCCCUACCUUGCACGCUAGUCUCUAUACAUACUAGGCCCUUCUCUCUAUACAGAUUUCAAUGUGAGGUUAUCGUGACUAC